AUGGCGAUAUGGAACGCACCGACAACGGAGAUCGAUCCACAAGCAUUGGCCAGCACUGACAUGCUGUACCUGGCUUACACUAUGGCACGAAUCCGACCAGUCGUCCCGGAUGUGUUUGCAGUACAGCGACUCAAGGAUGUGCAGCGGAUCAAAGGACUAACCAUGGACACGGUCAUCCUUCAGUUCUGGCUAGCAGGAUUGACGGGUCUCGCGGAAUCUAAUUCGUCAAGUCAGCGACUCCUCUGGAAAUGCCUCGUCUUGGUGAAGAUUCCGAGUAUUGUGUCAAAACUCGGCUACAGUUAUGAGGAGCUCUGCGACACGGUGGAAUCAACGCUCAAACAGCUUUCGUUCUAUAGAGGAAUACUUAACGAGUGCGACGAUUGUAUUGCAGAGGACGGAACAGGAGAGAGAGCAGAUGUUCUCAAAUCAAUUGCGAUCGGAUGUCGCGCAAAAGGGCUUGUCAGGUCGGACCAACUCAAUAUCCUCACCGAUGUCCCGCCAACCCACUACGAUCCGGAGCAGUAUAAAUUCGGGAAGUACAGUGAACAAUCACCGGCUGAUGCCGUUAAUGACCUCUGUGGAAGGACCCUGAGCGACUUUGAGCACCAGGAAGCCCUACUCGAUCGGAUCAUUCAGGUGUGCGAAGAAGCGGCGGCCAAUAACGAUGUGCUGACAUUGUCAAAGCUGUGUCAGACGCUGGAUGACAACCCAUUAGUCGUGGACCUCGUUCUACUGAUGCGGCCGCCAUCGUCGCUCCUGGUCCCUCUGGAAAGCUUUGUCAACAACCUUCAGCAAAACGAGGACGACGACAUUGGUAAUGCGAGCAACAGUAUUAAAGACGAUACCUGCAACUCGAAUCUGGAGGGGUUUGGAGAUGUGCUAAUCCUGAUUAUGACCAUUAUUCGACGAUACGAGCUCGCGGAGUGUCUGGACUCGGUGCUCAAGGAUAAGCAAGGUUUCUGUUAUCUGUGGCUGCACCAUACUUCUGCCACCAUCCCAACUGCAUCCAUGUCGUCCAUGACAGCGGACAUGCAAGGACUGAUGGGCCGGUGGAUCUCUGCUCUUUUCGACAGCAUGGGUAUCUCCGACGACUUGAUCCAGACAUCGAAACCUCAGAUGCUGUUGGAAAUUUCGCCUUCGAUCUUUGAACAAUCCCUAGCAGCGUGCCAGGCUGGAGUCAUUGACGCGACAAUACUCAACAGCGGUCUCGACUACUUCUUGCAACCUUGCCUAUUAUUUGUUCUGAUUGGAGUUGUCCAGUACCUCUGCCAGGAGAUUGUUUUUUCUGCGCACAGUCCCCUCAACCCAACACAUCAUUCAGCCCACGGCGCAUCUUCUGCAUCGUCCAUGAUGUCACCGACAGGAUCGUCGCCCCUGGCACCUCGUGGGGGUGUAAGUGGAAGCAUUGGUGGGAAGGCAGGACAUACUGUGACUUCUGGCAAGUCGGUUGCAAUGAUGCAGUCGAGUUUGAAGUCAUUGUUGGCUGGAGAGGCGUUCCCGGCGCGGUUGAUCCGAUUGCUGAAGAGUGAAAUCUCUGCAGCGUUGGGACAUCAUGCUAUCGAGAAUGAUCACCAGCUCGCUAUUAUCCAUGAGCGCCUUACCGAGACCUCUGUCAACUACGACUCGUGGAAGAUUUCUGAGCCAUAUGAUGUACCAAAGCUGGCACAGCAGACGGUGUUUGCGUAUGACGCGAUUAUCUCGGGCGGAAGGACACCCCUGGUCAUGAAGCGGGAAAAGGGCUGGCCAGUGUUUGGUGGAUCGAGCUAUCAUAUGGAUGUCGACCUCUUCCGGGCCACGCUUUGCUACGUGGGACCUGCUCAGUUUGUCACCAACAUCCUCAAGCGAUUUUUGAAGGCUGCCUUGACACCUAAUGGCCGGCGUGCAGCUGAGUUGGGUGCGGCGAUGAUGACGACUCCGCUGGUGGGGUGCGGGGACAAGCACCUAUCGCCUCAGAGCCUACUUUGGACACUGUUGUGCCAGACUCUCUGGAUCCCUGUCCCAAGCAGACUCGAGACGUUUACACAGGGAAAGCAUCUGGCGACGUUUGUAGGGAUGACCCUCGAUAUGUUCCAGAGCUCCACUUUCAUGCAACACCGUCAAGCACAACUGCAGCAGCAGCAAGGGAAAGGUGUAGAUGGUACGACGGCGACCGCAGCAGGUGAGGCAGCAGCAUCUAUGGAAGUCGACUCUUCACAGAUAACAACAGCAGCAGCAGCAGUGGGCGUGUCGGCGUUGGAGCAAUUGGAACGGGAUGCGGCCGUGGAGCCGUUCCGAGUGAUGUUGGAGCAACGGUUGAAGGUCCUGGAACCGAUCGCGCGCGAUAAACCUGGGUUUGAAGGUUUUGUUCAGGGGAUGGCCCAGUACAGGGAACGACACCCUCCUCUCUCUUUACCCUUGCAAGGCACUUCUUCGACUACGACUACGGCAUCGUCUUUGCGGAAGGUGCGGAUGGGGUGA